UUUACUUGAUCUAUGAGAGCAACACGGAGGUUCACUCGUGAGCUCGAAUCGAUUGUAGACUUAGUUGUUUUGUGUGUAGGAAUCGGGAUUUAUUAGAUCAGAUUAUAUUCUGUACGUUUAUACUCUCUCUACUCUUUGGUACUAUAACCUUUUUGAAGUUUGAUGUUCUGUUGUUCGUGUGUCGUGAUAUAGAAAACUUGAUAACGUUCUUUUUUUCGAGUUAAGUUACUCGUUUAACUAAAGUAAUGUAAAAUUACAAAUAUCUGAUAUAUGUGAAGAAAAAAAGUUUACCUUUUAUCGCUUAAGUUUUUAAAAAUCACAAUGGCAGUGCUAGCAGCGGCACAAUUGCUUGACGAGUUGAUGGGAAGACAUCGAAAUACUAAUCCGAAUGAGAAAAUAAAAAAACCUAAUUGGGAAGAUCCAGAAUACUGUAAAUAUUAUAUGGUUAAGUUCUGUCCUCACGAUUUGUUUGUGAACACGCGAGCUGAUCUAGGAGCUUGUCCGAAAGUACAUGAUGACGAAGUUAAGGAACUUUUUGAUAAGGCUGAGGCUUCAUACAAAAAGGCUCAAUACGUUGAAGAAUUCCUGCGAUUUUGCCGUCACAUGAUUAGUGAUGUUGAAAGAAAAAUUCAAAAAGGUAAACAAAGAUUAGAACUUAUGAAUUCCAAACCAGAGGGUCCACCUAUGACUCAGGCUCAAACAGAGAAGAAUGUGGAGCAGGUAAAAUUACUAUCGGAAAAGAUUAGUGCUUUAGUGAGAGAGGCUGAAGAGGCAGGUACGUGUGGCAAUGUGGAACAAGCCCAGGGUCUCAUGAAACUGUGUGACAGACUCAAGGAAGAAAAAGAUCAACUUCUUAAGCAACAAGAAAAUAGCCACUGGUCAAUGACGGCUGAGUUAGCAGCAGCUCAGGAGAAGCAGAUGGAAGUGUGUCCCGUGUGUGGAGCGUUUCUUAUUGUUGGCGAUGCACAGCAGAGAAUAGAUGACCACUUGUCAGGAAAACAGCAUGUCGGAUACUUCAAACUUCGUCAAGCGUAUGAAGAAAUGAAUGAAGCCCGUGAGAAGGAACAGCAAGAGAAAGAAAGGCGACGUCGGGAAGAAAGAGACAGGGAGCGUAGCAUCCGUGGAGGGGGCUUGGGCUCCGAUAGACGUGAUCGAGAGAGAAUGGAGAGAGAUCGUGAGCGUGACAGAGACAAGGAUCGUGACAAGGACAAGGAGAAAGAGAAAGACAAGGAUAGAGACCGCCAUAGGUCUAACCGCGAGGAGCGGGGUGGUCGUGAUCGUGAUCGUGACAGGGAGCGCGAGCGUGACCGGGACAAGGACAGGGAGAGGGAGCGUGACAAGGAGAGGGAGCGUGAUCGUGACAAGGACCGCGACCGUGAGCGAGACAGGAAGCACCGCAGGGAGCAUCGUAACUCUCACGAGCGUCCGCGUCGGCGUUCUCGUGAGCGUCACUAGCGAAUGACUGAGGUAUCACAAAAGCGCCUCGAAACGUUGGCAAACAACAUAGACGAAGAUCGACAUCGGCCUGCCGUCCCGACUGCAGAAAAAUAGGUACUUUUGAAAUUAAAGACACCAGCCAGCCAGUGAAGAGACGAAGGAUUCCGACCGCGACCGUCACUGUGGACAUCGGUUUCGAGGUGACAUAGAAUAAAUAGUCUCCUGUUAAAAAUAACAAUUUUCUUAUUAAUUCCGCAAUGGUUUAUUCGAAUGCAUGUAUCGUCUUGCGUUUAUAAAUAAACUUGUAAUUAUUUCGAGUUAGAUAAUAAGUACGCGUAAAAUGUAGCUACGUCGGCAAAUGUUUUCUUCGUAGGAAGGUUUUUUCUGUAAACCAGAUACCACGGAGUACUUCAGGUAUUUAUUGAACUUUUAUUUUGUUUUAAUUGUGAUUAAUUUGUUUCGUAUGACUUAAAAUGUGUGAACCAAUAGGAUUGUCCAUAUUAAUAUAAUAAAACGAUAGCAUAGCAAAA